GGCGGCAAGCGGCGUUCACACGUUUCCCGUCAUCCACUUCGGUACCCGGCUCGCAGUCGAGCGUCGUUCGUUGUACGGUGCGGUUGUGACGUUCGCGUUUCGUCUCGACGCUUUAUACGUUCGAUAUACGUAUAUAUGUGUGACACUGUGCACGCGUUUUCUUUUUUUCUUUAGACUAUACAUAUAUAUAUACAUGAAGUGUUUGUGAUAGUGCGAGAAAAAAUCGGUGUGUGUCGGUUAUAUUUUUCGCAUAGUGCCAAGGUGGAUUAAAGACGUAUCUCCUGAGGAAACAAAACGCGAAGAAAACGAACCACAGACCAAAGCCGGCGAAGAUCUAGAUGCUGAACACUGAGGGAAGACUGUUGGCGUUCCUCCAAGAUCCUGAGAAUGUUGCCGCAAAGAUCGAGCCGGGGAAUGGAUCAUGAAGUGACCGUGUACAAAGGGCAUUGCGGACGUGUGUGAUUCUUGCGAAGUAUUUAGCCACAAUUAAGAUGUAUCCCGCGCCGGCGAGACACCCAGCCGCUCCCGGUGGCGGAGGAAGCGGCGGGGCUGCGGGAGGGCUGAAAUUCACGGUGGCUGACACUUGCGAGAGGAUCAAAGAGGAAUUCAAUUUCAUCCAGCAACAGAACCACUCACUGAAGAUCGAAUGCGAGAAGUUGGCCAGCGAGAAGACCGAGAUGCAGAGGCAUUACGUUAUGUACUACGAAAUGUCUUACGGCCUAAACGUGGAGAUGCACAAGCAGACCGAGAUUGCUAAAAGGUUGAACGCGAUAAUCGUCCAGCUACUUCCGUUCCUGGCACAAGAGCAUCAGCAGCAGGUGGCCAAUGCCGUAGAGAGGGCGAAGCAAGUCACGAUGUCCGAGCUGAACGCUAUUAUUGGGCAACAACAGCAACAGGGUCUGCAACAACUAUUGCAACAGAUUCACGCGCAGCAGCUACCACACGGUGCGGUCGUUGGCGGUCUUCCGCCGGCGGGGCUAUUGGGGAAAGUUUUUGGUUACGAUUGGAUAGGUAGAGAAAUUUCGUGA